UGCCCCCUCCAAUUAUUGUUUGAUUACAUUUGGUAUUAGGAUAAGUAUGUAGGAUGUAGAAUCGCCAGUUGACCGGCGAAUUCGAACUGAAAUAGUUGUGUAGUCGUAUUAUAUUAAACAAUAAACAUGCCGAAAGUAGUAUUCUAUUAUUUCCCUUUGAAGGCGCUGGGUGAGGGCAUCAGAUUGCUCCUGUCAUACGGUGGUCAGGAGUUCGAAGACCACCGCGUGCCCAUUGAUCAGUGGGUCGACUUUAAACCAAAAACUCCGUUCGGGCAGCUGCCGAUGAUGGAAAUAGACGGAAAGACAUACACACAGGCUGUGGCGAUGUCACGUUACCUAGGUCGCAAGUACGGCGUGGCCGGCAAGGACAUCGAGGAAGAUUUUGAAAUCGACCAAAACGUAGACUUCUUUAACGACAUACGAGCCAAGGCAGCAUCGGUGCAAUACGAACCGAAUGAGGAAAUUAAAAAUAAGAAGCACGAGGAGAAUAUGAAGAAUCACUACCCGUUCUUGCUGAAGACACUUAACGAUAUUAUUGUCAAGAAUAACGGACACCUCGCGCUUGGCAAGUUGACCUGGGGUGACUUCCUGUUUGCCGGUUUUUACGAUUACCUUAAAGUUAUGCUGCAAAUGCCUGACCUCGACACGAAGUAUCCAGCCUUUAAAAAGUUGACUGACAAUGUUCUGUCACUGCCCAAGGUGAAGGAGUACGUCGCCAAGGCACCAGUUUCAGAUUAUUAAGGAAUUUAUUUUAUGUCCUCUCUAACGGCUUGUACAGUGCUUCUAUUUUCUCAAUGUCCCUUGGUAAACUUCGUGUCUCGGCCGUCGUCGGGCUUUUAUUCAGUUGCCCUUUGCCUUUGGUACAGAACGGACGCUUUCAGUCGACUUAGAAGUGUAUAUAGAUUUGCUAUUACAUUUUUUAUUUAUUAUACAAUGGGAGUAAAGCCGCUAAAGAUACCGACUGAAAUUUGAAAUGAUUAUUCAUUUUUAGUUAUAAAUGUAAAAGAAGCACACUUUAUUUACUGCACACUUUUGUUAACUUGCUUAUUAACAUGGAGUAAAUGUUAAUAAAAAUAGGGAAAAGGUUGUACAGGAAAUACUUUUUUAUUACCGAAGGACAUUGAGACAAUAGAGGUGCUAUAGUGCUAUGUAUCUGGUUUGUCAUGUAGCAGUGGGAUCUAUCUUAAAUCUGUUUUCUUGGGAUCAGACCUCGGCUGAAAUCCUAUAGUGUGGGCACGGUGUACAGGAUUAAGAGCAGGAUACUUCAGAUUUCAAUUCAACUCUAGUAAGACCAGGCAAAGAUCAAACUUGAUGAGUACUAUGGAACACAUUGCUUGAUCUCAAAUGGACGUCACAAAUAAAUUCGAUAUUUAUAAUAAUAUUGGUCUAUUUUCUGUUAAAACUAAUCAUUAGUAACAGUUAUUAAGUGCUUUGAAGCUGUCUGUUAAGUACUCAAACUAAUUCCUUUCGAAUUGCAAGAUAAGUAGAGAUUUCGAGUAUUUUUACAUUCUCACAA